AAUUUGUCAAUUUGAACAGGCAAAGUUGAGAGAUUGGCGGCAAGUGGGAAGCAAAAGGAGCGUGCACAGAGUGGAAUAGAGAGGAAGAGCGAGAGAGAGAAAGAUAAAAAGAUUGUGACAGUCAUCCAUUUGACCCAGGCUGUUGAGUGAGAGCAGUCUGGCUUGUCAAAUCUCUGUGCUAACAGUGAAUAGCCAUAUCUGUGCAGAGCAUAGAAGGGUGUCAUGCACUAUGGUUUCAUGGUUCAGGAUAAGGCUGGAUAAAGCCAUUGGCUGGAUGACACACAGACAGACACUUUCACUUUCCCUCUAACUCCCUGUCUCUCGCUCCCUGUUACUGUCUUGACUUCAGAAUGAGAACUUAUUUCAAUCACAUCCGCCUGUUUAUGUGGAAACUGACUAUCAAUGAAAACCCCUGCUGUAUUUUAAAGAGAGGAAACUGUUUCUUGCUCAGAGAUUAAACCUUGUACCCUCCGAUUAUUGAACAAUGAGAGCCCUCCACCCCUGUCCUCCUCCUCCUCUCCCCACUACACUGUAAUAUCCUCCUCAUUCACGCACACACACAGGACCUAUUACCGGCUCAUUAGCCUGAAUCAUACAAGAAUUAGACUCCAGCCCGCUGACAAUAGCUCCGAGAAAGGGCCUUUUUUCGCUCAGGAGUCAGGGGUUAAGUUACCAAUCAAAAUAGCCAGGCAGAUGUAUUGAGACAUUUUAAUAUUGGCCAUUGUGGGAGCUCUAAAAAAUUUUAAUCUCUCUGUGGCACGGCUGGCCCCCAAGGCAACUCAAAUAACGGUCUUGAGGAGGGGGGGUUGGUGUUCAAAGAAUUGAUGUACCCUGUGGCAUUUGGAUAAUUGUGUUGGAAUUGCUGCCACCUUUGAACAGCUUUCAGGCUGAGCGCCCUUUCUUCAUUUUACUUGUUUGCUUACCUGGACCACAGAUUUUUCAGCUCACUCACCUUCAAAUGUUGGAUUUCCCUUUUUUCUUCAGGUCCCUGUCCAGCACCCCUUCCCCUUUAAAUCCCUCGAACCCAUCUGCUUCACAUGAAAAUCAAAGGGACAGUGCCUGCACUAGGAACCAAUAUACUAAGAGUGUUAACACAGUCUGUGCUGCUAACACAGUCUGUGUGUUAGGACUCUCCUGGACAAAGUGGGCCAGGUGUUGCUGCCAUCCCACAGUUAAUAUAAUGUAAACCACCAGAGGGGGCCAAUGAUGAGGACUGGGCCAGAGGAUUCGGCUCCAAUUCAACCAGACGCCACCACUAACAGGGAGGUGAAUGGACCUCCACCGCCCCUUCAAGAUGGACAGCCCCUCCUACCUGCCAGCUCCACUGGCCUCCCCCGCCCUGAUGGUCCUCGCCUCCACUGCCGAGGCCGGCCGAGAUGCCUCCGUCCCCUGCCAGGCGCCCAGGCCCUUCGGUGUCCCCGCCUCUGUGGAGAAAGACCUCCACCUCCCCUUCCCCUCUGCCUCUUACACCUUCACCUCUAUGUACCAGCGCCAGGGCCCCAUGUCGGGCACCUUCCCCUCCCGAGACUUCCCAGCCUCCCUGCUCCACCUGCACCCCCAGUUCACCCCACCGAAUCUGGACUGCUCCACCCUGAGCAUGCUCAACCACAGCGGGGUGGGCGCCUUCCGACCUUUCUCCUCCCCGCAAGAGGAGAGGGAGUCGGGGGUUUACCAGUCGGCUUUCACCCCUGCCAAGAGGCUGAAAAGCUGCUUCCCGGAGGUGGAGGGGAAGGAGUUUGACUUCGGCUCCCCGGGAGGCUCCCUUAAAGCUGGGGAGGACUCAGGGAGGAAGCUGUUCUCCAUGUCCGGCCUGCUGUCUGACGGAGAGGCUUCAUCGAGCCCCGAGGAGCGCAAAGAGCACAGCAAAGUGAAGGGUCUCUAUGACGCUCAGGCCCCGGUGUGUCCAGUCUGCCAGACGAUCCUGCGACCAGGGGAGCUGCAGGAGCACAUGGAGCAGGAGCUGACCAAACUUGCCCAGAUACAAAUCAGUGUCACUCCAGUGCAGCACAACCACCUCAUAAGGACGCCGAAGUCUCUCUCACUCUCGCUUCAUAUCAAGCGCGAAGGAGGCUCUCCCACCUCGCCGCCUAGAACAUCAGAGGACGCCCACUCUGACCGAUAUCAGACAUUUCUCCGUGUGCGGGCCAACAGACACACGAGACUAAAUGUCGAUGACCUCUGCUGGUGCAGGUGCUACGUCAAAUCUGCCCCAUUACGCCCCCACAGCGCAGGAGCCCACCUAGACUGCACACAAGCUGUCAGGAUCGGAAAGCUGAAGAGGAGGAAACCAGAAGACGGACAGGAGGGUUCAGCGGACUUGGUGCCGUUGCAGGACGAGUGGAACGAGAGGAGAAGGAUGCAGAUGACGUCUAUAGUCGGAGGGUUUAAAGGUGCAGUGCUGGUGAGCACGACUUCUAAGGAGUGUCGAGACAGCGACGCAGACCUGGAUGUGGAUGGAGAUGAUACUCUGGAGUACGGCAGAGCGCAAUACACAGAGACAGAUGUAAUCCCCUGCUCAGGAGAAAGCUCCAAGGAGACAACAGUCAACAGCAGCAGUUCAUUGCCAGACUCCAGGUUAAGCCUAGAGUUUUCCAAAUGGUCAAAUGAUGGGAGUCCAUCCACCAGCAGUGGAGAGAAGGUGGACAGCAGCAUAGCUGGUCUCCCCAAAACCUGCAAGAACUCUGAGAUAGAGACGCUCUCAGAGGAUUCCACGCUGACAACUCUGGAUGCACUUAAAGCUCGGAUACGGGAUUUGGAGAAACAGUUGUCUAAAGGAGACAGAUUUAAAUGCCUCAUCUGCAUGGACACGUACACAACCCCUCUCACCUCUAUCCAGUGCUGGCAUGUUCACUGUGAGGAGUGUUGGCUUCGAACGCUGGGAGCAAAGAAGUUGUGUCCUCAGUGCAACACCAUCACCUCACCUGGAGACCUGAGGCGGGUCUACCUGUGACGCAGCCACUCACAAAAUGAGAAGAAGGGGGCUUCUUCUGUUUUAACCAAUCAGGGGUGGACUUGUGGGCAGCUGGCCUGUCAUAGACUCCCACCCUAUCCUAUCCUACCUGUUUAUCAGUGUGUCCUCUAACCCCUGACAAUUUGCAGGACAGCAAGUGUGACCUUUGACCUUCCUUCACAGCCCUGUACAAUAUCCAUGUUCCUGCUGCAACAUCGACCAGACCGGAAGAAGCAUCCAAAACCAACUGAGAGCUCAGGCACUGAAAUACUAAGAGAAGAAAAAUGCUUUGGGACAAUAUUUAUCAAUUUUGUAAUUCUUUGUUCUGUUUUACGAGGGAGAAAAAAAAUAGUUAAAUCACAUGCGAAGCACAUGUACAUAGUUUUCUGUAUGUUUGGAUUGGUGUGUGUGUGUGUGUGUGUGUGUAUAUGAUGUUGACUAGCAGAACAGCCCGACUGUAUCUACUGUACAGAGUUUGUCUUUGCUUAGAUCAUUUAUUAUUUGUUUAGCUCCUGUAGGUUGGAAACAUCCACAGUAAUCUCAUCACAUUCAGGCUCAUUUUGUCUUUGUCAUGACGUUUCUUUGUAAAGGGUCAUUGAAUUUAAUUUUAUCAAUGUUACUACAAUAAAACGUGUGUCUAAAAAAGUUA